AUGUUUUCAUUCUUCUGCGGCACGACACCGCCGCGCACAACCAACGCAUCCAACAACCCCGUCAUGUUCGAGAACGGGCGCUCAAGCGUCGAGUUCCAUGCUCUGGGCUCGGAAUACGCAAUGAGGCAUACCAUUCCGCCUAUGACACCCGAACACGGGCCCUCGAUAGCCCAGCCGCCUUUCCACUGGCAUGUCCGCCAGGGUGAGGAUUUCCGCAUCGUCUCCGGCGAGGGUCUGUUCUGGAAGCUUGUGGGCGCGGAACCGUGGAUGACACUCUCCGCUGGUCCGGGGAAACAAGCGACGGCCAGCGUUCCACCACGGACGUACCAUAAGUUCGAGAACGCGUCGAAGACACAACCGCUCGUUGUCGACGUCCAGCUCGAUCUUGAGGACUACGAGGGUGAACAGCGCUUCUUCCGCAACUUCUUCGGCUAUCUGGACGAUUGUCGGAAGUCUGAGAUGGAGCCGAAUCCUUUCCAAUUGUUCGUGUUCUUGCAUGCGGCGGAUACGCCCGUGGCGUUGCGCACUGCCGAAUGA